CAAGGGAGGUAACUCUAAAUAUCUUCCCUCCGAUAACAUCCAGUGACAUGGUUUUCUCAAGACGAUUGCUUGGCUUUGGAACCCAGUUUUUGAGGUUCAGCCAAUGUCGGGCUCAAAGCACAAAGAAUCCUCAAGUGUUCUUUGAUGUAAGUAUUGACAACAAGGAUGCUGGGCGUAUAGUGAUGGAACUCCGGGCUGAUGUAGCCCCCAGAACAGCAGAAAAUUUCCGAGCUCUGUGUACACACGAGAAAGGGUUUGGCUACAAGGGAAGCUCCUUUCAUAGAAUAAUCCCCACUUUUAUGUGCCAGGGAGGAGACUUUACCAGACAUAAUGGUACUGGUGGGAAGUCUAUCUACGGGGAAAAGUUUGCUGACGAGAACUUUGACCUGAAGCACACUGGACCAGGGAUUCUCUCCAUGGCUAAUGCUGGACCGAACACAAAUGGCUCUCAGUUCUUUAUUUGCACAGAAAAAACAGAAUGGCUAGAUGGGAAGCAUGUUGUGUUUGGUCAGGUCACUGAUGGCAUGGACACUGUCAAGAAGAUGGAGGCUUGUGGUUCCCGAAAUGGCACUCCAGCUAAGAGAGUUUCUAUAGAAGACUGUGGGGAGGUGAAGGAGGAGUAGCAGGAAGUGACUCUAGGUGGGAAUGAGUUUGUUAGAUCUGGCAGCAGCAGCAGCAGCAGCAACAGCAGUAGCUUCUGGGCCUGGUCACAACGCUUGGCCCUGGAAGUAGGCCAUAACAGCUUAACAGCUUGCUGUGGAAGUAACCCAGGACCAACAGCAUGCUGUCACAAUGCUGUAGUUGAACCAGAUCGCUCGUGGAGAACGAACCUAAAUACACUUCCAAUGUAAUCUGCAAUUAA